AUGGUCGACAUGAUACGUGCUCCCAGUGGUGGAAUCACGCUUCAAACAUGCAUGAAGACAGUGAAAAUUCCGGAAGGAAUGGCCAUAGUUCCAUUUCUGAUUUCGGCUAACUUUGUCGAGAAUGUUUUACCGCUACACAGCACAGAAUUUCUUAAGCAUCUUCAGCAAAAAUGGGUAAUUUCUGUAGAUAAACAACCACUAGAUGAGAUCCGUGAUUACUUUGGAACUGAAAUAGCCAUGUAUUUUUCUUGGUUGGGUCAUAUGACUACAGCGUUAUGGUUUCCAGCCUUAUUAGGUUUGUCAUAA